UGCACAUGCACGGAGGUGGUGUAAAACAACACUAAGCUCAGAUGCUUUGUCGACUCCAUGAUAACUCAAGUGAGGCGCUCUCACGCCCCCAUCAGCUGCUUUUAGACAGAAAAGUGAACUGGAUUGUUUUUCGUUCAAGUUGUAUUCAUCAAAACACAUUAAGUCGAUGAUUUUGCUGCUUUUUGGUUUGAACUUUUUCUUCUCUGGAGUGUUAUGAUUGGAUUUUUCUAAUUGUCGAUCGUCCCCGCCGCCAACCUGAAGUUCAUUGUGAUCAUCUUGGCCGCCGGCAUGGUGGCCUUCAUCGGCGCCGUUAUCUGCAUCAUCGCGGCCGUUCACACCGGCACCACGAAGGCGGCACGGCAGCAACCGGCAGCCGACAACCGCUCGGUGUAUCCGGCUGGCGCGACGCAGCCGCCGGCUACCAGAGGCUCGGCGGCCAGGGCUGGAUCCUUGGGCGCUCUCCACGGUUCUGAAGUGCCCGAAUCCGAGGCGCCCACCUUCCACAUCGGACUCGGCGGACUGGACGGGGUCACUGGACUCACCGGGCAUGACCCAGCAGUCAGCCGGCUAAUAUGUACGCCGAUCCCGGCCGGAGAGUGCAACCCAAAAAACUUUCAGCAACAAGCGGACGACCCGUCGCUUUACGCGGGCGAGGACUGGGGGUAUCUCCGCACAACUGCUGACGAGCUCCGGCAGACCGUCAUGCAGCAAAGGGAGCAAAUACAAACGGACCAGCGGACCAUCAGGGAGCUUACAGGGAAACUAUCCGAGUGCGAGAAGGGGCUGAAGGGUCGGGGUGGCGUCGCCGACAGACGCGGGGGCGCUGUGGGCUUAUGGGGAAGCAAAAGCCCGGCAGAGGGGGCUCAACUGGAACGGGUGAUGGUGCGGGACAGCCCGGCGUCCGCACCUGACCACAUGCUCACGGUUCGGGCUGUGGAUGAGCUGGAGAAAGCAAUCAGUCAGCUCAAAGACCGCAUAGAGCGACUGGAGGCGGACAUCAACCUGUUUCCUCAUAACCAGACUGACAUCAACACCUCAGCAGUGGUGGAGAAUGGAGGCAAGUCUGUUGGCCCAGAGAGGCUAUUUGAUCCUGGGCACAACUCUGGCACAGACAGGCCCUGGAGGAUGGAGGACUUGGAAGGGGAGCUUGAAAGGAAGGUGGAGCUGUUGGAGAAAGAGAGAAAAGCCUUGAGGCUGGAAACUGAAAGACACAGACAGGAAAUGGACCGUGGCAUCAGUGAUCUCCACCAUCGGCUCUCAGGGCUGGAAGAAGCAAAUUCCUUCCCAGAGGGCUUCAGACUGUCGUUCCCAUCCCGUACAAACUACAUGUAUGCCGUAGUGAAACAGUCAAUCCCAAAAUUAUUGGCCUUCACCAUCUGCCUGUGGCUUCGACCAACAGAAGUAGGCAUCGGGACACCCCUAUCUUACGCCGUUCCUGAGCAACCCAAUGAACUGCUGCUUCUGCAAGGCCUGCAUACGCCCAUGGAGCUGCUCAUCAAUGACAAGGUGGCACGGUUACCUCUGAACCUCUCCAGAGGCAGCUGGCAGCACAUCUGUGUAACCUGGAGUCAGAAAGGAGGAGAAUGGAUGGCCUACCAAGGCGGGAAGCUUAGGGGAGAAGGCCAUGGAUUGGCAGCUGGUCAUGACAUUAGACCAGGAGGCGUGUUAAUACUGGGUCAAGAGCAGGAUUCCCUUGGUGGAGGCUUUGACUCAACUCAAGCUUUGGUUGGGGAGUUAUCUCAGAUGGGUCUUUGGGACCGGGUCCUGUCGACUAACCAGGUGGCCAGCUUGGCUCGGUGUGGGAUGGUGACCCAGGGCCAUGUGGUUCCUUGGACGGAGCGUGGAAUGGAAGUUUAUGGUGGUGCUACCAAGUACCCGGGGGAGCCUUGUAGUAAACACAGCCGGAGCUCAAAGUGACAGAUGGAGAAUUUGAGGAAAAGGAGGGGAGCGAGGAGACGGAAAGUUUCACACAAAAAUAGUUAGGAUCCCAUCUGCCCAAUUAUUGGUACUACAAAUCUUUUAAAGCUAGUCUAUGUGGCAUGAGUAGACUUUGCAGUAUAUUAUAUGGACACAUGGACAUAACACCUACAGGAAGCAAAAAAAAAAAAGGUUUCUCUCCUUUUUGCAACUAUUACUGUCACACAUUGUAAUGCUUUGGGCUGCGGCCCCUGCUGUGCCCGAAAAUCAAAAACGUAUUGAAUGGAUCGUGUGUCUCAAGAAUUUUUUGUCCGCCUAUUUUACUCCACAUUGUCACAUCACUCCACAAUAAUAGCUGAUAAAAUGAUGGAAAGCCGUGUUGUACGAGAAGAGUCGUCAAAGCUAUCUGAAAAAAACAUACAUUUUGUGUGGUUUGAAAAACCAUCAAUCUGUUAACUAACAACUGAGCCAUUUACCGGCUAUCUAUCACAAGCUAUAUGUUGACCUGAAGUACACCAUGAUCAACAAGACAUACAGAAGUAAGCACAUACUGAUGAAUGCUGCAAGAGGUUCAAGUCCCGUGGCUGCUAGUAUGAAUUCACUGGGGUUAAAGGAAGGUAAUUAAUGGCUCUCACAGUUGACACUCAAGGUAAGAUGAUGCAAAAUGUUACAGAUGUGGGUAGGAAUACCAAGGAGAUGAUGAAUGCCAAGAAAAAGAAAUGAUUAUUCUGAGAGUGUUCAAACCUGCAUGUUGUAUUCACAUUUGUAAUGUCUUGCCAGUGCAAUAUGUUUAUCAUAAACUUCACAAAUAAGGACAUCUACGCAAGUGCAUUCUGGCUCUGUAGGUUGCUGAAUGAUUUAUUUAAAAUUAUAUAAUCAUCUUCUGUUUUUAUAUUUUUCCACUGUUCACAUUUGGCAUCAAUGUCUACAGUACACUGAUAACAGAUUUAUCGUGAAAUGGUUUGUCUUUCAUAACACAAUUGGGUGUCCAAAAGGGCCUUAUUAUUCAUGUUCACACCAUGCGACCGUAAUAUGACAAUGCUGGGUCAUGCUCUUCAGUAUUUACGCUACAUGGUACAAGUGACACAAUUCCCAAUUUUGUUCCCAAGUGGCCUAGUUGGGAUAUGGGUCAUUGCAGCAUAAAGAUUAGAAUCCUCAGAAUGAAAUCAGGCCUCUUGCAAAUGUUGCACCAUAAAUGAACGGUUGGACAUACUCUAUCAAUACGAGUGUACGGAAACAACACAAAAACUUGUGAAGACUUUCCGUAAUGAAAUACAUACAGUGCCUUCCAAAAGUAUUGGAACAGUGAGGCCAAGCCCUUUAUUUAACAUUUAGUGUUGACAUGAAAAGAUGAAUGUGACACCAGAGAGCAACUUUUCAGCUUUUGUUUCCAGGUUAACAUUUGGAUCAGACUUUGAAGAUAGAAGCUUUUGUUUGAAGCCACCCAUUUUUAAUAUGAGCAAAAGUAUUGGAACAUGUGACUGACAGGUGUUUUUUUGCCAAGGUGUGUCUUAUUAGAUUGCUCAUUCAAUCAAUAAUUAGCACAAAAUGUCUACGCUUAGUUUCAAAUUGGGUAGAAUAGGUUUUGCUUGUGCAGAACUCUCUGGCUUUCAUGUUGUUAUCACCUCUAAAUGCACGUCUUUGGGUCUAUGUGAUGUCUAUGCUACAACGCUCUGUUUUUCAUGUUGUUUUCACCUCUAAAUGCAUGUCUUUGGGUCUAUGUGGUGUCAAUGCUACAGCUCUCUGUUUUUCAUACUGUUUUCACCUCUAAAUGCAUGUAUUUGGGUCUAUGUGCGGUCUAUGCUACAGCUCUCUGCUUUUCAUGUUGUUUUCACCUUUACAUGGUGAACUUCUGGAGGUCACUGUAUGAGAUAUGGCGUGACAAACUGACAGCCUUCAGUCUCUUCUCUUCCUACAUUCCAUAAAUAAGCUCCUGCCUGUUCACAGCAGACCCUGCUGCGUUCAAAAUCUUUCCAGAAUGAUGUGAAAUAUCAAUCUCAAGUGUUGCGCAAAGUGAUGAGUGACAGCAUUUCUAAAACACCGCCUGUCAACAGCCGAUACAAAUAUACUUCUGUAUGACACAUUACAAGUUAUGUGUCAUUUUAAUGGAAAAUCAAUAGUGAAAUGUAUUCUAUCCAUGUUUCAGUGUCAGUGUUUCGUCCCUGCAGAAUGCUGAAGUGGUUUAAUACAAAAAAAACACAAACAUGUAUGCCAAAUCAUCAUGUGCCUAAUAUUGUCUAUAUGGAUGCUUUCCAGUGUGCAAUGUUGAUAAGAAUCUAUGCCUGAUGUUUAUUUAGCUUAUGUAUGUCACAGCUUUUUGGGACAUUUUGAUAGUGUUGUGGCAUUAAACUGUCCAAGACUGAAAAACAAGCCUGUUAAAUUGUUUUGGAAUGUGUCUGCAUUCGUAUAUAUUUUUUUAAUGCACUGGUAUCUGUCUAUUCUCUUGUUAUUACUUACAUAAAUACUGGAUAUAUGUGUCUUGGUCAGUGUCUUAUUGAUGUUUUC